AUGUGUUUCCUACUUUUGACAUUUUUUUCUAUUGAGUUUAUCUUUAUUACAUUUUAUUUCUUUCUUUUUGUUUUUCUUAUUAUUCUUCUCGUUUUAUUUCCUUCUACUUUUUUCUUUCCGUUUUUUCAAAUUCAUUUCCUUCUUUGUUCAAACUCCAUCUUUCUUUCGUACUUUCCGUCUCAUUCCCCUCCUCUUUUUUCUAUUCCUAAUUUUCUGUUAUAUCAAUUUUUCUCUUUCUUUUUUCCUCUUUGUGCAACAUUCAAUAAUUAUUUUUCUUUUUCUUUUUUUUCUUUCUUUCUUUCUUUCUUUUUCUCAUUCGUUCUUUCUUCAUAUUAUUUCAAAAUUCUCUCUGUCUGUCUGUCUUUUUUUUUCUUUACUCUUCGUGCAACGCUAUUUCCUUUCUUUUCUUCUCUCGUUUUUUAUCACUCAUUCUUUCGACGAUAUUUUUUCAGAUUUUUUCAAUUUCCUUAUUUCAUUCAUUCUUUCUUUCUUUCUUUAUCUAUUUGUUUCAACAAUAUUUUUUAA